AUGACCGAAUAUCAACAUGAUCGACGAAUCAAAAAACAUAUGAAACGACAAAAGAACAAUUCAGAUAUAUCUCAAAUUGAAUCAUGUAGUAAUGAUUUGAUAGAAUUAACUAAAGAACAAGUAAAAGCUGCCUUAACAUCUCUUUUUAUAAUUCAAAAACAAAAUCGAACAGUUGGCUCUCGUAAACGGCGUCGAGAUAAAUCUCUUGAUCAAUCCUUAGAAACUCAAACUAAAAAGCAAAAACAAAUUUAUAGUAAUAUUAUAUUAUCAGAUAUAACUCAAGCCGAAACUAUUGUACUUGCUACAAGUGGUCUGAAUAAGAAACAAAUGAAACAAGUGAAAAAAUUCGUUUUAAUUUUUAAUUGCCAUCUAUUAUUAUUGGAUGAGAAAACAACGUUUAAUCAAUCAAUAACACAUUUAAUUACUGAUGAAAUCGAUACUAAUGAUUCACUUGUAUGUACAUUAACAAAAAAUGUUGUUUUCGCUAUUGUUCAACAUUGUUUUGUACUUUCUUAUCGUUGGAUUAUUGAAUGUUUACAACAAAAUUCAAUUGUUAAUGAAGAACAAUAUGAAAUCGAAGGUGAUAGUGUAUUUUCAACAAAACAUAAUGGUCCUCGUCGAUCACGUUUAUCGAAACGACCCUUAAUGCCAUUAAAUCAUUUUAUGAUGAUCAAAGGUGAUAGUAGACAUUUUUUAGAUUUUACAAAUUCAGAAUUAGGUGAUUUAGCGUGGUUAGCUGGCAGUAUUUAUAUAGAACAAAAUCGUUUUCCAAAUACAGUUUUUUCAAGACAAUGUUUUUUAUUAAUUGAAGAUACUGAUGUUAGAAAUAAAAAUAUGUUUCAUCGUUGUAUUGACAAAGGCUUAAAAUUUCUUCGAAGCGAAUGGCUAAUACGUUCAAUUGUUGAAUAUCGUAUGGCUAAUAUAGUGCAAUAUCAUUGUGAUCCAUUCGAUACUAUUGAUCGAUCGGAAUAA